UGACAACUUUGGAAAAAAAACAUUUCAGAUUCAUAUCAACCAAGUUACAUUUUUCUAUAUAAACGAAACCCUAGCUAAUAACAAUUAUUCACCACGCGAACUAACACACACACACACAAUACAAAGAAGAAUGUUUUACUUCAUUGUUCUCCCUCUCUUUAUCUUUCUUUUAAGUUACAAGUUCACAAGGCAAAAUUAUAACCUCCCUCCGUCGCCAUGGUCUCUUCCCGUCGUCGGCCAUCUCCACCUCCUUAAACCACCGAUUCACCAGCUCUACCAUAACUUGUCCCAAAAAUACGGCCCAAUCUUCUCCCUCCGAUUCGGCUCCCGCCGCAUCGUGGUCAUAAGUUCCUCUUCUCUCGUCCAAGAAUCAUUCACUGGCCAAAACGAUAUCAUUUUAACAAACCGACCUCUCAACAUGGCGGCCAAAUACAUCAAUUAUAACGGCACCACUGUCGGUACCUCACCUUACGGCGACCACUGGCGUAACCUCCGUCGAAUUUGCACGGUCGAAAUCCUCUCAAACCACCGCCUCAGCAACUUUCUCCACAUCCGCAAAGAAGAAAUCUAUCGGAUGCUCACGCACCUCUCACGUGACACUAACGCCAAUGGUUUCACUCUUGUAAACCUAAGACCACUUCUUUCCGACCUAGCGUUUAACAACAUUGUCAGAAUGGUCACAGGAAAGAUAUACUACGGGAACGAUGAUGUUUCCAAAGAGAAAGAAGAAGAAGCAUUGUUGUAUAAGAAGCUCGUGUCUGAUAUAGCUGCAGCAGCCGGCGCGAGUCACGCUGGCGAUUACUUGCCGGUGCUGAAACUGUUCGGAAACAAGUACGAGACCAAAGUAAAGUCUACUGGCAAAGCCGUCGAUGAGUUCUUGCAGCGUUUGCUCGAUGAGUGUAAGAGAGACAUGGAAAGUAACACAAUGGUAAGUCAUUUGCUCUCUCUCCAACAACAGGAACCAGAGUAUUACACUGACGUUACCAUCAAAGGCCUUAUGAUGGGAAUGAUAAACGCCGGGACGGAGACAACCGCCGUAGCACUCGAGUGGGCGAUGACGAAUUUGUUAAAACAUCCAAAAGUGUUAGAGAAAGCAAAAUCUGAGAUCGACGCUGAGAUCGGUGAAGACCGUUUAGUCGACGAACCUGACAUCGCCGUCCUCCCUUAUCUCCAAAACGUAGUCUCCGAAACAUCAAGAUUGUUCCCGGUGUCGCCGCUUCUAAUCCCUCGCUUGACGGCGAAAGACAUCAAGAUCGGCGGUUACGAUGUACCGAAAGACACGAUCGUUGUGGUUAACGCUUGGACGAUACAGAGAGAUCCAAAGAUUUGGGACGAUCCAGAGAGUUUUAAACCGGACCGGUUUAGUAAUAAUGGUAAAGAGCAUUAUGUUCACACGUUGAUUCCGUUUGGUACUGGCCGGAGAAUUUGUCCCGGCGCCGGUCUAGGGCAGAAGAUAGUCACGUUGGCGUUGGGAUCGUUGAUUCAAUGUUUUGAGUGGGCGAAAGUGAAAGGUGAUGAAGAGAUUGAUAUGCAAGUUACUAAUGGGCUUACUAUGCGUAAGAUUGAACCUUUACAGGCUUUAUGCAGGCCUAGGCCCAUUAUGACUAAACAUGUACGCUAAUCAAAUAAAGAUCAGUCAUGAUUCCGAUUUCAAGAA